CGCGCGCUCCUGCCCCGGCCAUGGGGAGGCGCCGCCGGGCGCGGGAGCCGCCCGCCCGGCUGGUGCUGCUGGCGCUGGCGCUGGCCUCGGGCUCGGCGCUGCUGCUGGCCUCGCUCAGCCUCCUGCUCGCCGCCUGGCCCCGCUCGGGCGCCCGCCCCGUCCAGGAAGACGCCGCCGCCGCCGCCGCCGCGGGGCCGCAGGUGAGGGCCGGGUCGGGCGGGCGGGAGCGGGCGGCGCGCGGGUCGUCCGGGGAGGCGGCGGCGGGGCAGGCGACCAGGGCUUCGGCCCCCGCGGCGGGGCAGGGACUGGCCGCCCGCAGCCCCUCCUCGGGCGGAGGCCCCCAGCCCCGCCAGGGCCGGACGGAGCCCGCUCUGCCUGCCCCCGCCUCCGGUCACCUGCGCCGCGCAGCCCGGGCGGGCCGGACCCGCCGCGGGGGAAAAAGGGGCGCCGCGGCGCACGUGCGCCUGCGGCCGGUCCGAGGGCCUCCCUGGCGCUCCAGCAGUGCCCAUCUGCUGACGCAGGCCGAGACCCCCGAGCAGGCGGCUGCCGGUGAACUACUGUCUGAGGGUGAUGUUGAGCAGCUGGACCCGGUGGUGCUGUCCACCAGCUGGAACCACCAGGGCAAAUUCCUGCACCAUUUUGCCCAGCAGGGGGCACUGCGGCACCGAAGGCAAGCCGAGAAAGGGAAACGUUUUCGGCCUUGCCGGACUGGGACCAUCUGCGCUGCACACUAUGAAGUGCAAACCACGGUAGGACGAGCUGGGAUGCAGGCAGAUGCAAAUGGAACCAUCCGUGGAUGGGCUGAAGCCAAGCUCAACGCCACAAACCCCCUGCGUUACGACAGCAACCGUGGGGAGUUCACGGUGAUCAAGAGGGGGCUGUAUUACCUAUAUUGCCAGGUCCAUUUCAACGAGGGGAAGACCAUCUACAUGAAGCUGGACGUGAUGCUGGGCGGCGAGCUGGCCCUGCGCUGUUUGGAACAGUUCCCCCCCACCAGCUCGGGGCCCCAGGAAGCCGAGCUGCGGGUGUGCCAAGUCUCUGGGCUGGUUCUGCUGCGGCCCGAGGAGUCCAUCCGGCUCCGCACCAUCCCGAGAGUCCGGCUCAAGGCGGAUCGCUACCUCACCUACUUUGGCCUCUUCCAGGUCCACUGAGAGAAGGGGGCCGCGGGAAGACCACAGGGCUGGGGUUCUGGAUGGGCUCUGGGGAGCCAGAGAGGAAGGAAGGAGCCCGCACUGCUGGCUCCCGCACGGUGGAUUCCCCUGCACCCGAGCGCAGAGCAGGGUCCGAAUCGCUUCCUUCUGUCCCCGGAUCUCCACUUCCUGCUUUCAGUUCCGCUGUUCCG